AGAAUUUGGGGGCGAUUUUCGAGUGUUGGCCUCAGGCGUGAGAAUCCCUAAUCGUCCCAGGAUUUUCUCUCCUUGGUUCUUGGGAGGGUUCCCUCGCUUCUCCCCGCCCCUCUCACACGGUGGGCUUGGGUUUGGGAAUAAGGGAAAAGCAGACUGUUCUAAGUCAGAUGUUGGGAACUCUCGGGCCUUUAGAUUUCCCAGGUUUUGCCAAACCCCAUUUUGAGCACUUCUGCAGGGCACUAUCAAUUAGGCGCCCCCUGGGGCCAUGAUGACAUCUUCCCUGAGGAUCUGAGGCAAAUGUGGUUUACUCCCUCGCUCGAAAACCCCUAGAAUAUCCUUUCCCAGAUAUCAGUGCAAAUGUCCCCCUACCCCCCAAAAAGGAGGGAAAAGCCAUUGCGUGUUGGUUGUUUUUCCCGUGGAAAGGGUGGGAAUUGGGCCAAAUGCUUUUCAAGUUAUUUUCCCUUCAAUCAGCCAACCCCUCCCCCCUCGAAAAAUGCCUAAGGGUCUUGGCUUCUACGGGCGGUACCUGCCACGUACGCCCUAGCUUUAGUAACUAGUAUUAACCGGUUGGGCUUCUGCUUCCUGAACACUCAGUCCCUUUUUCCCUUAUGCUGAUUAAUUUCAAGAUGGAGGAGACAGCCACGUUCCUUCCCUAGACAGUUUCACCAUACUUAUUCCACAGGUUAGUCCGGGAAUCUGAGGCCUACCAGGCUUGUUAAUUAGGUCAGUCUUUCGUUUGGGGGCAACUGGAAGCAUUUAUGUCAGGUUGUCAUCCACUAAUUCCAAAGCCCCACGAUAAUUUUUUGUUGGAAUAAGGAGCCUGCAUUUCCUGAAUGACAAUUAACCGCAAUAUCUUUGGGUGAUUGAAGGAAGAAAUAAAUGCACUACCACUAAUAAUUUCUUUGAUUCUUCGUGAUUAAAGACAAAAGGACUACUCAUAUCAUCCUAUCAGGUACAUUAUGUCCAUCCAGGAUUUCUUGAGAAUAGGCAGGCACAAUUAUAGUUCCCCCACACCAAAAAAAAAAGUCGGUUUUCUAAAUUGUAAAAAUAAAGUGUCCAGGAAGACCAAUGUAAACACUUUUUAAAAUACGAUUUUUGGACCCACUUCUCUGAGUGAAGAAUAUUUCAUCCUGAUGCUCUUUUAUACUUUUUAGUCUCUCCCUUAGGCCAGGCCACUGCUAGGACUACUUUACAGAGAGCAGAGAGUGAAGAAAACUAAAAUCCAGUUUAUUGUAUUACAAUACUAUGUCAUAACAGUCAGAUAAUUUUCCACUUGUUCAUCAAGAUGGAAAGCUCAGAUUCGAAUGAUAAAGGAAGUGGCGAUCAGUCUGCAGCACAGCGCAGAAGUCAGAUGGACCGAUUGGAUCGGGAAGAAGCUUUCUAUCAAUUUGUAAAUAACCUGAGUGAAGAAGAUUAUAGGCUUAUGAGGGAUAACAAUUUGCUAGGCACUCCAGGUGAAAGUACUGAAGAGGAGUUGCUGAGAAGACUACAACAAAUUAAAGAGGGUCCACCGCCACAAAACUCAGAUGACAAUAGAGGUGGAGGAGAAUCUUCAGAUGAUGUGUCCAAUGGUGACUCUAUAAUAGACUGGCUUAACUCUGUCCGACAAACUGGAAAUACAACAAGAAGUGGGCAGAGAGGAAACCAAUCUUGGAGAGCAGUGAGCCGGACUAAUCCAAACAGUGGUGAUUUCAGAUUCAGUUUAGAAAUCAAUGUUAACCGUAAUAAUGGGAGUCAAAAUCCAGAAAAUGAAAAUGAGCCAUCUGCAAGACGUUCUAGUGGAGAAAGCACAGAUAACAACAGCCAAAGGCAAGUGGAAAAUCCACGAUCUGAGUCAACAUCUUCAAGGCCAUCCAGAUCAGAACGAAAUUCAAGUGAAGUGACAACGGCAGAAGCCCCACCUACUAGAGGUCAGAGAAGAGCAAGAAGCAGGAGCCCAGACCAUCGGAGAACCCGAGCAAGAGCUGAAAGAAGUAGGUCACCUCUGCAUCCCAUGAGUGAAAUUCCACGAAGAUCUCAUAGUAUCUCAUCUCAGACUUUUGAGCAUCCUUUGGUAAAUGAGACUGAGGGAAGUUCCAGAACCCGGCACCAUGUGACACUGCGACAGCAAAUAAGUGGACCUGAUUUGCUAAGUCGAGGUCUUUUUGCAGCUUCCGGCAUAAGAAAUGCCUCACAAGGAGCAGGUUCUUCAGACACAACUGGCAAUGGUGAAUCUACAGGGUCAGGACAGAGACCUCCAACCAUAGUCCUUGAUCUUCAAGUAAGAAGAGUUCGUCCUGGAGAAUAUCGGCAGAGAGAUAGCAUAGCUAGCAGAACUCGGUCAAGGUCUCAGACGCCAAACAACACCGUCACUUACGAAAGUGAACGAGGAGGUUUUAGGCGUACAUUUUCACGUUCUGAGCGGGCAGGCGUGAGAACCUAUGUCAGUACCAUCAGAAUUCCAAUUCGUAGAAUCUUAAAUACUGGUUUAAGUGAGACUACAUCUGUUGCAAUUCAGACCAUGUUAAGACAAAUUAUGACAGGCUUUGGUGAAUUAAGCUACUUUAUGUACAGUGAUAGUGAUUCAGAGCCUAGUGGCUCAGUCUCAAGUCAGAGCGUGGAAAGGGCAGAGUCACGGAAUGGGAGAGGGAGUUCUGGUGGUAGUAGCAGCUCUGGUUCCAGUUCGAGCUCCAGUUUAAGUUCCAGUUCCAGUCCUAGUUCCAGUUCCAAUGGAGAAAGUUCAGAGACUAACUCAGAGGUGUUCGAAGGUAGCAAUGAAGGAAGCUCAUCAUCAGGCUCCUCAGGUGCCAGGCGAGAGGGUCGACACAGGGCCCCAGUGGCGUUCGAUGAAAGUGGCUCUUUGCCCUUCCUUAGUCUUGCUCAGUUUUUCCUCUUAAAUGAGGAUGAUGAUGACCAACCUAGAGGACUCACCAAAGAACAGAUAGACAACUUGGCAAUGAGAAGUUUUGGUGAAAAUGAUGCAUUGAAAACCUGCAGUGUUUGCAUUACAGAAUAUACAGAAGGCAACAAACUUCGUAAACUACCUUGUUCCCAUGAGUAUCAUGUCCACUGCAUUGAUCGCUGGUUAUCUGAAAAUUCUACUUGCCCUAUUUGUCGCAGGGCCGUCUUGGCUACUGGUAACAGAGAAAGCGUUGUGUAAUUAAGAUCUGGGCUCUCAGCUACGUACCUGGUAUAGUGAUGGGCAAACAGGAAUCACUUGCUCCGUGUCCACUUUUUGAGUGGUGCUUACAUGAAAAGUUGCAACCUGACUGAGUCAUUGCUUUGUGAAUGAACCACCAUCUUUUCUCCAAUUUCUGUCCCAGGAUAAAAGGAAAUAUUGAAAAAAGCAACGUUUUAGGACAUAAAAUCUUAUCUCAAUAUCAGUAACUUAUAUAUUACUGAUGAUUUAUUGUAUAUGUUUAUCAGUUUCUCUUUUGUUAUCUUAAAAGAUCUGCCUUAGCAAUGGCUCUUAUCUGCAUCAAGUUUCCCACGCCAUAGGAGAGAGGGGCUAAGGAAAUUAUCAGUUUAGACUAAGUUACAGUAUGUGUUUCAUAAGUGAUUGCUUAAAGCUAUACCAUUCCCAGUUAUUAGUUGGCACAAAUUCAGCUCCAUGCUGAAUAUCAUUUGUUCACCUCUCAGACAAGGUGAUAUUGGAUAUGUCAGUGUAAAUAACACUAAGGUUAGAUCUUCUAAGUGUAUAACUGUCUCCUAAGCCCAUCACUGUGGCACACUUUAGAGUGAGUUUAUAGUUUAAUUGAGAUAUUUAUCUUGUGGAAAUAUUAAAAAAGCCUAUGCUUGUGUAAGUGAAAAAAAUCACAUUCAUUUGUUUAAAAAUGUAAAGCUAUUUUGUAGAGGCUCAGUACUUUUCCAAUGCACUGUUGUAAUAAUGCAUAAAAAAUUGUAAAGUACCAUGCAUAGAAAUGAAAGAAAAAAAUGCUUUUUGUGAGCCAACAUAGUAAAAAAAAAAAAACACACCAAACAAAGUACAAAGCUGCUUUUGUAAGUGUGUACGUGUCAAGAGCAAGACAUAUCUAUAAUAUUUAAUGUAUGUGAACAGCUACUGUGACAUGCAAAGGAAAGGUCAGGGUGCAGAAUUGAGCUGCACUGAAGACCAAUGGAGAGUGUGUACUUUAACUUGGAUUUAGGCAGGAAAUGAAAGACUGGAGGAGAAAAGAAAACUACUCUGGAAGAAUUUUAAAAUUUUUCAUGAAGACAGCAAUACUGGUUUCUUAUGGUGAGAUCUUUGACACAGUAUUCUACUUGAGCAGAUGAAGUAGAUCAACAACUUUGGCAGAGCUCUGGUUUAAGAAAAACCACUACCACCUAGCACAAGUUACAUUGUUGUUUUUACAAGUCUGCUCCUCAAAGAAGAAGGUGGAGGAAGGAGACCAUAAACCACUUUUGACAUAGGAAUUGGUACAGAUGUGUGUACUAAUAGGAAAGUCUCGAAUUUGCAUUAUUUUCGAGAUUUGUCAUUAAAGGUACCAGUGCACACUUGUUAAUACUUCAUUACUAUAUCUCUAACAUAGACUUAACACUUCACAUUUAAAGACCAGUUGAAUAAUUAAGAGAUUUUUAUCCUUUGUAGAAAGUGAGUUGUGUUGGGUUAUUUGAAAUUCAAAAUUAUGAUCGUGCUGCCCAUGUCUGAAGAUGAGACCACUAUGGUUUGUGGGCCAUGCACUUUAUGUUGUUUCCUUAGUAGUAAAACAGGUUUGUGAAGAACCUCACUGAAUUUCUCUUUUGAGGCUGGCUGGGAUUAGGAUUAGUCUGAUGGUGGAGGACUGUUGUUUGUUUUUCUGGGAAAAGCUUAUGGGUCCAAAGAGGAAUUGAACACAUCCUUGGCCUUUAACAAAGUGAGCUGAUGAGCCAGGCAUAAUCAGCUACUUAACAAAAUAAACAAGUCUGCUUUAGGAACUAUCUGGUUACCUUAACUGCUAUCAAAUUAGCUGUAAAGCUCACACUUUGUCAUGUUUUCCUCUCACUUUCAAUCCUACCUAAGUAUCAAGGAAAUUAACUUGUAAAUAUGGUAGUUGUUUGCUAAGGAUAUGUACUGCUCUUGCAAGGAAAUAAUGUUGAAACAAAGCUUCACUUAUUUUUUUUAAUAUAAGCAGAAUCACUGUUUAUGGCGCUUAUAUAAUACAUUUUAUCUUUUUAAAAAAUUGUCCAUGUAAUAGUCAGGAUUCCUUUAUAUUUGUGAGCCUCCUUGUCUUUUUCUAAGGGUGUAAUCUAUGGUUUUCAGAUCUGCAGGGUAGUCCUGAUUGGCUAAAAACAACCCCAUUUUCUUCUUGGUACAAAGUGUCUCAUUACUCUGGGGGUGUUCAUUUUAUAUAUAGUUUAAAAACAACUGCAGCUCAUUCUAAGCAUAAAAUUAUUGACAACAGGUACCUCCCUAACCUCCCAAGAUGUAUUACUCAUUUGUGAAGUAUUAAAGUAUGAAGUAACUCAUGCAGAAUCUGGUUAUGAAUGUAGAUAUUGAACCUAUUCAUAAACACUGGAAAUAGGAUUUUAAGUUUUUAGCCCUCGGUAGAAUGCACAUAUUGGGCAUGUGCAUGUGGACACCUUUUUCAAUAGCACUCAUUAAUUUCCAUUGGAUUGUGUAGAAUGGAUACAAAUAUUUUAGUAGAAUUUGCUACUUUUUUUUUGCAAGAUCCAUGACUAAUAUAUGCUUACUAGUGGACAUUGAAGACAAGGUCAUUUAUAGGUGUCUGAUGAACAAUGAAGAAGAAAGAUCUUUUCCCACCAGCAUCCAAACACCUGUUCCCUUGAGGGGGAGCAUUUUCUUGCAAAAGACUUUACAUUUUGUUUUAUAUCUUUGCACUUUUUCUUUAUUAAAGAAACGUUCUGUCCUGGAACUUCAUGCAGUAAUAGGAACAAGAUAAAACAAUGUUGGGAGUUUACAUUGUUAAAAGCAUAGGGAAAAGUACUAAAAAAAUGAAUAUCCUUGAAUAUUUCAGAUGUUUUUAAAAAUUCACUAGUCUGAAACGUUUGAGGUGUUUUGUUUACCUCCAAGCAGCUGGCAAGGUUGUGAUUUAUUAGUACUAAAUCAAAAUUGAACAAGUUAGGUUUAAAGUUUUCAACUUUGUAGCAACACUAGAAGAUGAGCCAUGUUGUUAAUUUGGAAUAUUUGCUCUGAAGAGAACACAUUAGUUAUACCUCAGUGGUGUUAAUGGUUAAUGGAGGUGGGGAUUGAGAAAAGUGUUCACAUUAGUAUCGGUGUGUAGGGAAUAAUUGUACAAUUAACAACAAAAAAUAUUUACCACCACGUUACAUAUAGGAAAUCUCUGAAAACACCAUCACAGGAAACUGGUUAUCUUUAAGUGUUACCUCAAGUAAUUUUUCCCCUGGGAAAAUAUAUCCUUUCUGUGCCAAGAUUCUCUCCUAGUGUCAGUGUCUCAAAUUAUAUUUAUGGAGCGUUAUCAAGAACGCUUAAUAUUUAACCACCUGCUUCCCAAAUGCCCGUGAUAUGAAAUGGGUCGAGCAUCAGCCAUGACUUGGAGUCAGUUCCCAAAAUACCCACGUGAUAGGGAGGUGAAUGUUGCAAAACACCUCAUAAAAGGCCAUUUUUACAGCUUGCUAGAAUACAGUGGCACCUUGUAGUUGCUGAUACUUUUAAAGAUGGAAGAUAUUUUUCAUUUCCCCCCUUUGUUCUUUUGUGAAGGAAAGGUAUUUGUAAAUUGCCUUAUUUGAAUUUUUAAGUUUUAUCUUACUGGCUUUCCUGUCAAAUUUAUUACCAACAUUAAGUACUUAGAAGCCAUGUUUGCAGGGCACUUUUAUUCUUGUCUUAUAAGACUAUGCUGAUUGCUACUUUCUAAAGUAUUCUGUACCUUAGUAAUGCAAGAGAUUGAUAAGGCACAUGUUAAAGUGCCAGGCAUUUUCUUCCUUAGUAUAAUUUUUCAGGAUGUUUAAUAUUCACUAAGUGUUGUAAUUCAUUGAGUUAAUUUAGUAAAUAAUAUGCUUUUGAAAAAAUAUUUGAAAAUGUAAAUCACCAUAACAUGCUUUAUUUGGAAAGUUACAGUGUAAGGUCUGAAGAACUAGUAUUUAACUUAUUUUUAAAUCAGAUUUUUAAUAAGCAACUAAGAAACUGCUAUGAAAACAACUUUAAAAUUUUUAGCAUUCUGAAAUUGAGUUCUCAACUGGAACAUUUCUAAAAUAGCUAAUAUUCCCAACAAGUGGCGAUCUCACUUGGUAAAAAUAAGUCCAUUUUGUAUCUAAAACAGCAUAGAAUAGAAUUAUUAUUGGAGUGUUGGAACUCUUAAGAGAACAACAGUUUAUCAGUUUUAUGAUUUUCAUUUCCAUAUAAGUGUUUUAACUCAAAUCUGAAGGAAAUAGGCACACCCUCUAACAUUCAAAUAAAAUUAUAGUGAGGUAUUUGUUUUUGAUUAGUAUUUCUUGGCUAUAAAGGCCCACAAUCUGCUUUCUAGUUAGUCACUUGGAUUGAGUGAUAGAUAUCUUAAAGACAUGCAGUGAAAGUGAACCCCACAAUACCACUGUGCCUAAUUAUUUCAGGGUUCCUCUAUCAGUUCCUCAUAUUGCAGAUUUAUUCCAAUACCAAGGUAUGGUUGAACCAGCUGCCCAGCCUUAACUCCAUUUACUGCCCCUCUGCUAACAUUCUUUUAACUGAUUGAUUUGUAUGUGUUUUAACUCUCCGGUGUUUGGAUUUUACCUCUUGAUAGGUCCGUUCGUCCCCGGUGCUGCUUUUAAAGAUGUAGGGCCACGUGAUCAGGUAUCAAGUUGAGUAGGUACGCAAUUGGCCUAGAUAUGUCUCUGUGCCUGUUUUAUCUUCUCCCAGGAAGAGCUGCUUUGGUAUAGAUGUUUACUUGGGUUUAUAUAAAGAACUGGGCAGCAAUCUUGGAAAGCUUUCUGAAGUCUAAGAACCCGAAGGGAUUUGCAGGAGGAAUAGUAACAAAGGCUGCCUUUAUGUCUUUGAACACGAAGCACAUAUAUGUAUGUUGUAUAAGGACUAAAAUGAUUGUUAUACCAGGGCUUCCUGACCUCUGAGAGAGACUUGCAAAAAAAGCAGAAAGGAGCACAAAGUGAUGUGAAUUUGGUUAGCUUGUUUUAUCCAGUUUCUCAUUUCCUUGACGUUUACACCUGAACGUAACACCCUUCUCCAGUAUCUAGCCAGCAGACUCCUGGUUGGGAAGCCCUGUAUUAAAUUUUCAGAAUGUACCCAGUUUCCCUUUUUUUUUUUUGUACAGUGCUUUACACCUGCUAAAAAUUAACUUGUUUAAUGCAAAACAAGACCUUGAAAGGUCAUCAUAUUAAAGCUGGUUUGAUUAUCAUAGUUAUCUUUUAGGAAGAAGCUUUUUCCCUAUGUAAGAUGUCAUACUGCAGAUUUCAAAUAUAGACUAUCAAUAAAAUGCAUGAAGUGAUUGA